AUGAACAGACCCCCAGGAGCGUACAAAAUCUCUUCGCAGUCUCACUCGAAAUUGAACGCUUUUCGAUACAGCAAAGACGCACAAAACCCAGAGAAGACCCCUCAGAAGACGGCAACCACAGACCAUGCCAACAAGGAGAAUCAAACAUCGUGGCUGAAUGGUGUGGUGGAAAAACAGCAACCAGAAUCGGAAAUCAACCCACCUACGAUCGAAGUAACUGAAUCGAAGCCUAUCAAAGAAUGUCCCCAAACACCAGGAAAUCGAAUACCACUCGCAGAUCUAAUCAGCAAUGCCGAGGAUGCUUUCAAUAGUGCCCCGGGGCAAGAGUUUACGCCCGAAGACUACGUCACCUGGCAACAUGUCCCUGCGAGCUCCAAUGCCGAUCCAAUGUCGCAAACACCUGCAUUGCACGGCAAGAAGCGUCGCCGCAACUCGUCGCCAACGAGCUCCCCUUUGGCAGCAACCUCGAAAAGCAAGCGGAGAGAAUCGAUUGACUUGCCAAACGACCAAUCCUUGAUCAGAACGCCCCAGCAUGACCUUGCCACCGAACUAUGGAACAACUAUGUGGGCAAGUCCCUUGCCAAUGGUACUGGCGAACUUGCUCAACCACGAUUUGCGCAUUUGCUUUCAUCUUCCCCACAGACACCUGUGUCAGCCCGAACAGGCCGAGGCUCUUCCGGGCUGAGACGGUCGAAUAGCUGCAAUGCCGAGUGGCCUACUUCCAAGGCGAAGCGGAGAAGAGUCGAUAACGAAAGGUUCGGUACCGGUCGCAGCAUCUUCUCUAGGACAAGGAGCAAUGUCGUGGAUUCGGGCAACAAUCAAGCCUCCAACCUCAGCACUCUCGUCAAGCAGAUGGAGAAGACUCUGCAAAAAGUUCCUGAAAGAUCAUUUGCGCCAGACUCUUCUCCAGUCCCAAAGCGCGGUAACACAUCCAAAAGUCAUCUGGCGUCCCCAACAGAAGGCAGAAGUCCUAGCUGCUCUCCUAAGAAGACCGAGGACGCGAUUGUUCCCGUUGGGGCUGGGACCGCGCCGCAGACUACAGAAUUUGUCGACGACUUGUCUUCGGACUAUGGAGAUGAUGACUUCGAUGAUGACUUUCUUGAACUUGCAGAAGCUUCAAUGGAUCCUUUCGUGGAUCCCAACCCGUCGCGCGAUGUUGCAGAGGAUAUUCAGCCUGCCACGUCGACAUCAAUGCCGCCGAAUGGAGGGGCUCCCCUCCUCCAGAAGAGGGUGACUUUUGCUGCUACCAGCACAGCCACUUCAAAAGUGGAUGCGGCCAUGACAAAUGACAACGAAUUCGAACUUAACGGUGAUGAAUUCGAUGAUGACUUUGAUGACUUUUCCGACAAUAUAGAAGAUCUUCUUGCCGAGUGUGAUAAGGCACCAAGCGUGAAACUUGCAAGGCCCAUACCCAAAGGGCCAAAUGUGCCGGAACAGCCACUGUCCGGCACUGGACCUCAGCGCUAUUUUGCGUCGGCAGUUGGAACACUUAAUGAGACGAAAAAGGACCCUGAUAUUUCCUCUGGUGAUGAGUUUGACGAUGGUAGCUUAGACAUGGAUGCUAUCGAACAUUCUAUGAGGCAAUCAGGAAACCUUAGAAGUCGACAAGCUAUCAAGCGCUAUUUGAUUGUUGAAAUUGCGGAGUCAGCGUAUACCAACCCCAGAGGACGUGUUCAACCCGAACAGGUCAGCCCACUGCACGCCCUCAAUGCCCCCACCCAUUAUUGA